AUGUCCCGGCGGCCGUCCUCACAGGCUGGGAUGGCAGGCAGACCUAGGAGCAUCUCUGCUUGUGGCAUUGGAAGUGGCUCUGUGGCUGGCUGUGGAGGAGGCUUUUCUGCCGUGUCCAUGUUCGGUUCUGGCUCUGGCUUUGGCGUCUGCUCUGCAAGUUCCCUGGCAGGACUGGGCACUGCUAAUGGGGGAUCCCAGGGAGGGAGCUUUGCAGGCCUGGGGAUGGGAUCUGGGGGCAGCUUAGGCGGUGGUGGCUCUCUGUAUGUGCUCUCAGGCAACGAUGGAGGCCUCUUCUCUGGAUCAGAAAAGGAAACAAUGCAAAAUCUGAAUGACAGGUUGGCUUCCUACCUCAAUAAGGUCCGAGCUCUAGAAGACUCGAACUCGGAGCUAGAAAACAAAAUUCGAGAAUGGUACAAAACACGAGGAUCUGGGACUGGGGAUUCUGGAUCGCGAAAUGAUUACAGUAAAUACUUCCCACUGAUUGAAGACCUCAGGAAUAAGAUCAUUUCAGCCAGCAUCGGGAAUGCGCAAAUCAUCUUGCAGAUUGACAAUGCCAGGCUGGCUGCCGAGGACUUCAGAAUGAAGUAUGAGAAUGAGCUGGCCCUGCACCAGACUGUGGAGGCUGACAUCAACGGGCUGCGCAGGGUGCUGGAUGAGCUGACCCUGACCAGAGCCGACCUGGAGACGCAGAUCGAGAAUCUCAAGGAGGAGCUGGCCUACCUGAGGAAGAACCACGAGGAGGAGCUCCAAAGCUACCGGGCAGGCAGCCCAGGUGAGGUCAGCGUAGAAAUGGACGCUGCACCAGGACUGGACCUCACGGGGAUCCUCAACGACAUGAGGGCGCAGUUUGAAGCCGCCGCGGAGCAGAAUCGGAAGGAUGCAGAAGCCUGGUAUCUGGAAAAGAGCGGGGAGCUCAGGAAGGAGAUCAGCAGCAACACCGAGCAGCUGCAGUCCAGCAAGAGCGAGAUCAGCGACCUGAGGCGCGAGCUCCAGAACCUGGAGAUCGAGCUCCAGUCCCAGCUGGCCAUGAAGAAGUCCCUGGAGGAGUCUCUGGCCGAGACCCAGGGCGACUACUGCGGCCAGCUGUCCCAGGUGCAGCAGCUGGCGGGCGACCUGGAGGAGCAGCUGCAGCAGGUGCGCGCCGACGCGGAGCGCCAGAGCGCGGAGCACCAGCGGCUGCUCAACGUCAAGGCCCGCCUGGAGAUGGAGAUCGAGACCUACCGCCGCCUGCUCGAGGGGGAGGCCGAGGGUGCUGAAUUCGAUGAAAGCUUGCUUGUGUUGAGCAACAAGUCUCAAGCCGGGUCAAUUGAUUCCUCUAAAGAUCCACAUAAGACCCGAAAAAUCAAGACAAUCGUGCAGGAGGUGGUCAACGGUGAGGUAGUCUCAUCCCAAAUCCAGGAAACUGAAGAACAAAUAUGA